AUGCCGGCAGCAUCUUUCCUCUCGCUAUCGCCAGAGCUCCGUAACAAUGUCUACGAUUAUCUGAUUGACACAGAUCAAUUCAUUCCUCUCACAAAUGGCAUACCUGGCAUACACACCGGACCAGGUCCAGAGCAGAAUCUGUUCCUUCUGCAGUCAUCAAAUGCGCAGAUAGCUGAGGAAGCUCGCUCAUUCUAUUUCUCGCACCCUCGCUACUCCGUUCUAGCCAGAAACCUCGACAGAACAACAUGGCGGUACAGGCUAAUUGAAGGGCACCACAUAGACAUACGACCCUACAUCGGUAAGAUGAUGGUUACUAUAAGCGAAGACGAGUUCCAGACGCCAGAGAGACUGAUGCCAUGGUUUCGACAGCUAGACGCUAUACCCGCAUUGAAGCAACUUCAGAUCAGAUGCAUCCUCCACGCCAGCUCCUUGCGUCAGUGUCAGGUACUAUGUGUCCUCAAAUCUCUCUGCGAUGCCACCAAAGCCUCGGCGGAUCGACUUGGCAAAGACUUCUCAUUCAAAGUCUCCGUCACUUGCAGAACUUGUGAUGCCACUCAUCUCGGACCCAUGUUCGAGCGACAUCGCUCGUACGACGAGUUCAAGACAGCGACCGAAGAUCUUAGUCACUGGACUGCCGAGCCCAUGGAUGGUCGUCUGACAUGUGAGAGAUGCCAGGAGCAUGUGAAAUCCACGGGUGCGCCUCGACAAUCAGCUGUUGGACCGACGCAUGUAUCAGUCACAAAGCAAGCGCUAGGGGGCUUUCUUGGUGAAGAGGGUAUGAAACAGCUUGCUAAGGAUUGGGUUUGUUGA